GUUGGCAAAGCUGUGUGCACGAAAAGAUUGAUCCUUCAUGAAAACUAUUUUAUUUUGAUAUUACAAAACACAUCGCGUCUGACCAGGGAUUGAAAUCCAAUUCAGAAACAUGGCAAUGCCACAUGCACACCAUAACCAUAGUGUCAUGCAUGCUCCUGCAUUGAUGGACAAUCAUGCAAACCAUACGGGAGAUCAUGGAUCGGGAGGCCAUGAAAACAUGUCAAUGCAAAUGACCUUUUACUUUGGCUAUGAAAAAGUAGAGCUGCUAUUUGCUACGCUUGUCAUUAACACACCUGGAGAGAUGGUAGGUGCCUGUAUAGCAGUGUUUUUGUUAUCUGCAUUCUAUGAGGGUUUGAAGAUUGGUCGUGAGGUCUUGCUGAGGCGAAGUCAAGUCAAUGUUCGCUACAACUCUAUGCCUGUACCAGGCUCUGAUGGAACUGUACUUAUGGAAACACAUAAAACAGUUGGACAGCGGAUGCUGAGUCUUGCACAUAUGCUUCAGACGAUUCUGCAUGUUAUCCAGGUUGUGGUCAGCUACUUUCUCAUGUUGGUGUUCAUGACGUACAAUGGCUACCUUUGUAUUGCUGUGGCAGCUGGAGCUGGUGUGGGUUACUUUAUUCAGCUGGAAGAAAGCAGUAGUAGUGGACAUUACUGAACACUGUCAUUAGGACCCAGACUAGCCACAUCUCUCUUCCCACAAAUAUGUUUACACAAAUAUUAAAAACAUACCCAACAUUGUAAUUUCAACUAAUUCCAAGCAUUUGUUGUUUUAAUACUAGUUUGCUUAAGAGUAACAAGCACAUUUUGGUUAUUUUAAAGUUGUCUUUCCCCGCUAUGAAUUUUCAUUAAUUUAUUUUAUUAUAGAACCAAUAUUUCACAGUCCACCACAUCACAAUUGUGAAUGCUUUUAUCGAAAUGUGCCAUUUUCACAGAGGUUUAGCAAACUUUAUGUUGUAUAAAGCAUUUUAAUAAUAUGGCUUUACAAACAGUAAAAAGUUUGUAAUUUUGUAAAAAAAUAUGGUUAAUUUAAAAGUAUGAAAAAUAUGAAUUCCCACUCAACUCUUAAGGAUUUGGCCAGUGUUACAAGUUGAUACCUUCAAGGACUCUUGUAGCAUACAUAUUACAAUAUUUUGUAUUGUCAAAUUGCCUAUCCCUAGCAAAAUAUUACAGUAUUACUUUCCUUUUGAAUUUGUAAUUGUUAUUUGUAAUUGUAACAGUCCUCUAUGUAUACUAAACCUCUUGCCUUAAAAUUAAGUCUUUAAAAAGAGUAAAACAUGGUAUGGCUUAGGUAUGGCUUAGGAGUGAUUGAUGCAAAUCCAGAAUUGUUAAACUAUUUUGAAGUUAAUUUGACAGAGCGUUCUUACUUGUAACAUUGCAGUUCAGGGUCGAAUCAUGCUUUCAAACUUGUAUAUGACCUUCUUAUGUUUGCACAAAGCGGGGGAGGGGAAGAGAGACAAUCUUAUCUGUCAAGUUUUGGAACUAUAUUUACAAAGCUGUAGCUGCAAUUUCUUCUCUGUAGAGUAAUUGUAUAUACAUACAAGGAAUGAAGAAAUAUAGUGUUUAUUAGUGUCUCUUAAGAUUCAUUGUUAUAAUUUAUAUUUGACACUUUCUUUUACUUUCUUACUACAUGACUAUAUGAAAUGUUUGUACACUCUGUCUGAAAUCUUUAGCUUUAUGUAACAGCAAUUUAAUUGUGCUUUUUGGCAGAUGGACCAUAUUAAGGAACUUUUUAAAAUGUUAUAUCCCAAUAUAUAGAGGAUUUGCAUUUUACCGAAAGACUUCUGUAUUGUUAAUUCAGUAAAAUGCAUGUGACUGAAUUUGUAAGCAUGUUUGAGCAGUCAUCAACUAGGGACCCACUGUUAUUAAUUUGUUAAAAUGAAAAAUGGGAUUAGACCAGUUACAGUCCUAAGAUUUUUUUAUUGACUGUUAUACAACAAUUGUAAUUAAUGAUAGUGUCAUUUGCCAACAUUAUGAGCCCUAUAUGAAUGACUAGUAUCAGAAAAAGUUGGGACAGUAUGGAUAAUGUAAAGAAAACAAUGUUUUUUUUUUAUAUUUACUUUUGUUUUAUUGCAGACAGUAUGAAUCCAAGAUAUUUAAUCUUUUGUCUUCAUUUAAUUUGUUAAUGUACCUCUAUUCAUGCAUUUUAAGCCUGCAACACAAAAAAGUUGGAAUGUUAAAGCAUUUACCACUUUAUGAUGUUGCUACACACUUGAAAGAUGUUUGGGCACCAAGGAUACCAAGCAUUAAAGUGUUUCAGGUGUUUGUCACAUUCUUCCUUCAAACACACCUUAAGGUGUACAGUAAGGGGUUGUCAUCACAUUUAAAAAAAAAAAAAAAAAAAAAAAAAAUUCUACACACACAAUGAGGCACCAGAUGCCUCCAAGCCCAGAAAACACAACGCCAUUUCUGGACAUGGUUAACAAAAAAGGCUUCUUUUUUGCACCUUGAAGUUUAAACUGGUUUAAAGUGGCAUUUGUAAAUGUAAAUCUGUAUUUUAGUGCUGACAAAGUAAUCCCUUGCCCAUGUGCUUAUAUCCAGCUAUUAAUAAAUGAUUGUUCCUGA